AUGGCAAAUAAUCAAUAUGAACUUGUUCAACAUUGUCUAGAUACUGGAGAAUUUAUAACAAUAAAAACUUCUCAAAGAUAUUUAUUAUUACAUCGAAAUCUUAUUAAAUAUUCAGAUAAUGAUGAAUUAAAUUUAGAAUUACCAGCAACUAUUAUUCAAAAACUUAGUGGUUUAAAUUCAAUAUCAAUUCAAGAUGCAAAAAUCAUAUCACAUGUUGAUCCAUCAAAUUAUGAUAUAAUCAUAUUUCCCGAUAAAUCAAUAGUAUACACACGUAAACGAACCUUAUCUGGCGAAGACAUUAACGUUAAAAAAAUGAAAAUACUUCCAUAUUAUGUAUAUGAAGAUUUAGAAUUACUUAAAAAUUUUGGAAUGUCACAAGACGAUAUUAAUUUAUUUGUUGAAAAACUUAAUGUACAUGAUAAAACAGAUGUAUUUAAUUCAAAUGAUUUCGAUAAAAUUAUUCAGAGAAUUAUUUAUUUUACUGAUAUACCAACAAGAUUAAAAUGUCGACAAGUUUCACAUAAAUGGAAAGAUCUAGUUGAUAGUUCAAAUUCGUGGAAUCAUGUUAAAUUAUCAAAACUUCAUCAACAUUUUGAUCGAGCAUUAAAUUAUUUUCAAAAUAUUGAUAUCCGAGAAUUGGAUUUAUCUGAAUCAGUAUUUGAUUUGUCAACAUUUAAAUUACAAAAUGAAUUUUAUGUCUAUUCAUUACGAUCACUUUGUAUCUCAACAGAUCAUCCAUUAGAAUUAUUUACAUUAUUAUUUAAAUUAGCACCAUUUUUACAACAUAUAAAAUUAAUUCAAACUUAUAAUUCAUCAUUAAUAUUAAAGAAUAAUAAUCAAUUGUAUGAACAUAUUAAUUUUGUUAUAUGUCAAUGUCAAGAACGAUUAAAAUGUUUACGUCGUUUACAUAUUCAAUUACGAUCUGUAUCCGAUCAGAUAUUUCUUGAAUCAUCCUCCGUCACAUCAAUUCCUGUUUCAUAUGAAGUCAUUAAUUUUUUAAGUUUAUAUUUAUUAUUCCUAUCAAUAUUCGGUAUAUUUGGUGUUUUAAAACAUCAUCAAGUAUUCUUAUUCUUCUACAUUAUUCUAUUAUCGAUUUUAUUUCUAUUUCAAUUUAUUCUUGCAUGUACGUAUUUAACAAUUCGUGGUGAAAAAAAUUAUAAUUUAUUAAAGAGCAAUUAUCAAAAAUCUACGGAUAAUAUUCAAUUAAAAUACAAUUGCUGUGGAUUUGAUAAUGCAACUAAGUUUGAUCGGAAAGAAACUUGUAAGAAAUUACCAUGUUGUCAAUCAUCGGAUCAAUGCUGUGAAACAUUAACAAUGUGUUAUCCAUUAUUAAGUCAUGAACUUGAUAAAAAUUUAAAAAUUAUCGGUUCAAUCAUGCUUAUAUUUACAUUAACUCAAAUCAUUGCCAUUUAUAUGACUUUAAAAUAUCGAAAUAUUCGAAAUCCAUCAUUAUUUGUUGAAAUGUGA